GAAAUAGAAAUCGAAUUGUAAUUAAGAAGAUUUUGAUUUUUUUUCUUAGAAAACAAUUUGUAAAAAUCAACAAAUCAUAUGAUCCAUUAAUUUAUUGGAUCAUGAAUUCGGCAGGCUCUCGAUAAUUGUUAUCAUUUAAUUAGAAACAACAACAAACAAUCACAAAAAAACGAAUGCCAAAGUGAUUGCUAUCAUCGAAAUUUGUAACCUUUUUUAAACACCAACAAACAACAACAACGAAUCAUUAAACAUCAUACACAUGUCGACAUCGAAUUAUAUUGGUGGAGGACCACCGAUGCCACCAUUACAAUCAUCACAACAACAGCCGGAUAUUGUUUCUUCAAGUCUGAUUACUUCACAACAACAACAACCGGCCACAUUGGAUCAGAAUCUUGAACGGCUAUUCUCUUUUAGUAUAAUCGAAACUAAAGACGAUUAUGAAGAAAAAAUGUGUCGCAAUUAUAAAUUUGUGCAAGAACAAAUGCAAGGUAGAUCGGAACAUCAGAUACAUGAAGAGUUAACACGAAUGAGUCGUGAAAGUGUCACAUAUUCGGAGGAAAUUACUCUCGGUUUGAUUGUGUCGAUGUUGGUCGACAAUAGCAAUGAUAAUUCUCAUCGGCUAUUCCUUACUAUCAUAUUGUCAAAUCGUGAUGGUGGAAAUUUACUUUGUAACUAUAUUAACCAAAUUACUACAGAAAGAUUUACACGUCUUCAUGAACAUGCUCGCCAUCGUUUACUAUUAUUGUGCAAAGAAUUGCUCAAAAGUUCAAUACAUAAUAUUGAGACCAUAUUUUAUAAUCUGAUGCGAAAUAUUUUGCCAAGUGAUAUGACUCAACGAAAUUUAAUUUUAGCCGAAAAUAUUUUAAACAUUCUAAUUGAACAUCGACUUUGUUAUGAUAACAAUAUACCUUUAAUGCAAUACGCACUUGUCAAAUAUCUUCGAUUGAUUGUCGAUCUGAUGCCAUCUUCAAGGCUUUUAAUGAAGGCUGUAAAAUAUUGUCAUUGUCUUCUAACUGAACGUUUCAUCGAUUUUAUUGGCAUUGGAAGAGAUUUAAUUCGAUUGUUGCAACAAGUUUGUAGAAUAUCAGAAUUUGAACAGCUUUGGAAAACGAUGCUCAACAAUCCAUCAAGUCUAUCACCAAAAUUCAAUCUAAUGCAAGUACUACGAACAAGAACGCAUCGUCGUUUUUUACGGCUUCUCGUUACAUUCGAAAUGGAAAGAAAAUUAAACUAUCUUAUUUCACAAGUUCGUUUUGGAUCACAGCGUCGAUAUCAGGAAUGGUUUCAACGAGCAUAUUUAAAUACACCAGAUAAUCAAAUGAUACGCACUGAUCUGAUACGAUUCAUAUGCAAUUCAAUACAUCCAAGCAAUGAAGAGAUUGCCAUGGGUAUGGUGCCACGAUGGGCUAUUAUUGGCUGGAUUCUUAAUUCUUGUCCACAAAAUUUAUCGUUACCAUGGUCACGUUUGGCUUUGUUUUACGAUUGGCUUCUGUUUGAUAUACAAGAUUCUACCAACAACAUGAUAAUGGACCUCGAACCGGGAGUGCUAGUCAUGUACUUUUCACUUAAAAAUCAUCCUGGCCUCACAGCCGCUUUAUUAGAUUUUCUAUGUCGGAUAUCAGGAGAAUUCUGUCCACCACUAGCUGCACAAAUCAAAAUGGGAAUUCGAAAUUCUUUUUUUCAUCUUCUGGACAAACGUGUCACCACUUCAUUGGCUUUCAUGUUUGAUCCGACCAAAAUUGAGCUGCAUUUGCGACAAUUGAUUACGAAAACUUUUCCAGAAAUUCAAAAUUUUUCUGAUCUACAACAACAGCAAUUAAUGUUUCAGCAACCAUUGCCCAAUCAACCUCAAUCUUCAUCAUUACAGGGUCCGGGAUCGGCUGGAAUCAAUGGCCAUCAUUAUAUGGCCGGCAGCAAUCAGAUAUCCACGCCAGGACCCAUCGACCAUUUCCCGCCGCAAACGCUUCAACAACAGAUGCCUACAAUCAUGUAUUCGCAACAACAGCAAUCGCAAAUGCCUAUGGUCAUGGGACAGGCAUCUACUUCUAAGUUUAGUGAUGAUGAGGAUGAAUCUAAUAAUGAUUCCAGUGAUACAAACCAAAAAAUUGCCUCAAAUAAUUCAGCCAUUGGUUCGAAACCACCAGCCACCAAAAAGAUGAAAAAAACAAAUAGCUUUUCGGGCACCACUGGUGUUGUUUCAAAGCCAAUAAUAGCUGCAGCUAAAAAGAUUCCAUCUGGUGCCAUGGCAUUGAACAAAAAUAAUGGCUCCAUCAAUUCGAUUGGUGGUCAAGCAAUUUCCUCCUCAUCACCCUCUUCUUCUUCUUCGUCAUCAUCUUCGACUCCUACAUCCACCAUUAUAUCAAUGAAUAAUUCAACCGAAUACAUAGCAAACAUAUUAAAUUCGACUGUGAUGUCAUCAUCCACCUCACCAUCCCCAUCUCCAAUUUCAUCAUCAUCAGGUUCAACAAUUGUUGUGCCCAAUCAAAUGAGCCACAAUGGACCACAACAAUCGCAACAGUUACACAUUGGACAACAACUGCUGGGAAAUCCAGUAUCAGUCAUUAUGUCACCUGCAUCGUCGAUGAAUUCCUCAUUGAUGAUGGGACAUCAUUUACAAAAUCCUAAAAUUGCAUCGCCUUCAGCAGCCGAAACUCCGUUGUUUUCGAAUUCUAAUAACUCCAAUGGCAAUGAUUCAAACAUUCAGAUUAAGCCAGAAGUAGUAACCAUCAUUGAUGAAUCGAACAGCAGUGAUGAUGUUACUCUGAUCGAUUCAUCCGUUUAUUCUUCGUCCAUCAGUCACCAUCAGAGUCCUUACAUUGAACAUCAAUUAGAUUAUAAUUAUCCUGACUCAUCAGCACCAUUGGAUGAAAGAUUGUCUUACAGUUUAUCACCACAAGAAAUGCAAGAACAAAUCAACCAAAUUCAUUUAGAACCAAUCAAAUCUAUACUUCAGCGCUUCUAUGAUGCCAGGAACCGUACCGAUCAAUGUGCACAGAUGGAAGAACUGGUCAAAAAAUUGACUCAGUCAUCUUCUACCGUUGAUGAAGAUGAAGAAUCACCGAUCGCCGACAUUAUACCCAAUCUGACAAUCAUCUUGUCGGCCAUACUCGACGAAGAUAUGAGUCAGAAACGUUUUCCCGAUUAUUAUCUGCAUUCAUAUACGAAUUGGUACCAACCAGAUCAACGAGCAUUGAAAGCAUCAAUUGAUGGGCCAUUGUUUGUCAUGUUUGCCGCUUUGGUCAGAUGUUAUCGUGAAAAAGAGAAGCCCAAGAACAAUUGUAGUGACAACGCUGAUAAAGACGAUGAUGAUAAUAAUGAAAGUAAUAGCGGUGGACAUAAUGUGAUUCAACUUAAACAGCUAUUGGCCGAAAUGGCAACAAACAACGUUAGGAUAGGAUUUUUAUUAUUGCAUUAUCUGGUUGUUACGGGUAAUACAUUUGAUCAAAUGGCAGUAUACCGUGAUCUGGUUCGUUGCAUGUCUAAGGAUUUAUCGACCGCAUUGAUCGCCGAUCUGGAAACGGCUACCUGGCAUGAUCUGUAUAUAUUUUUCUACCUAAUACCGGCUGUGAUGAAAUCAUUUCCUGCCAUUAUGGUGGGCAAUCUUGAUCUUAUCCGAAUGAUACUCGAAUUCGGUGAUUAUAAUUCCGUUCAAUACCUGGUCAUUCUUAUUCAACGUGAUCAAUUGCGGUUGUGCAAAAAGGAUUCUCUUUCGGUCAUUAUCUCAUUGGCCAAUCAAUUCGAUCAUAUACAACAACAUUUACUUUGGGAUUUGUUAGAUGCUCAUGACUUUUCUCCUGAUGUCUAUCUAAAUUCUUUAUCCAAGUUGGAUUCAAAUAAUGAGGUUCUAGGCGGAUUGAAUAGUCAUCUAGUUCAAAUAUUCAAACGUGAAAUGCCCACCAAUCAAUAUCUGAAACAGUUGAUGGCUCGUGAUCAUCAUAAGCUGAACGAUGCCUGUUUUGUGAUUAGCAUACUGUUGUACUGGGCAAAACGAUGGGAAGAUAAAUUGGGUGAAGUGAUUGGCACCUAUGUUUCUUCGAUCAUUAGCUCUCCCAAUAAACGCAACAAAAGGAUGUUGAACAAUGUCUCGAAAAGCAAAAUGAACACCACAGCCAACAUUGAACAGUUGCUGUUCUAUCUGGAUGAAAUGCGACGAACAUUCGCCAGCAAUAAAGAUGUUGAUUUUUUCAACCAGGAUGCAUUGAUAGCCAUGUUGGUUCAAUUGAAGCAGAUCUGUACAAGUCAACAAAAAACCAAAUAUGCUGAUCUUUUCACUAAUGUGCCUUGCGAUGAUAACGAUAAUGGUAACAGUAAUAAUGGUAAGAAUGCUAGCUCAACAUGUUCCUCAUCUAAUGCAUCACAAUCAGGAUCACAAAGGAAAACAAACAGCUCGAAUUCAACGACAACAGGAACUAAGAAAACUUCAAACAAAAAAACAUCGAAUCAAAAUACGACUGCCAAUAAUUCCGAUACGGAAUCCGAUUCUUCAGAGGAGGAUGUACCACAAAGGACCAUAUCAAAAUCAAUGCUUCGGAAUAAAAAACGUAGACUACCGGUUGGAUUUGACAGCGAUUGAUCAUUUUUUCCCCUGAACACAUCAUCCAGUUUGUAAAUAUAUUACUGUACUACACCCAUCACACAUGGAUCGAUUAUGCCUUUUUUCAACCAAAAUUGGUUUUUUUACGGUCACCGCAUGAAUUUUGUCUCAUUUGUGCAUAUAUGCGAUUAUAUAAUAUUUUUUUUGUUGUAAAUAUGUUAAAAUCAUCAUUAUUAACAAAUAUUGAAAAUUUAAGAUCAUUGUCCUCGAAAAAAAAUGUUUAGCGCCGAAUUAGUUUAACUAGAUUUGAAUGUGAAAUUUAAAAAAAUGAAAUAAAAAUUGUUUUGACGAGCCA